AUGUCAUCAGAUGCUGAUAUGGCCAUCUUUGGGGAGGCAGCUCCUUACCUCCGAAAGUCAGAAAAGGAGAGGAUCGAGGCCCAGAACAAGCCUUUUGAUGCCAAGACAUCAGUCUUUGUGGUACAUGCUAAAGAAUCCUAUGUGAAAAGCACAAUCCAGAGCAAAGAAUCUGGGAAGGUCACUGUCAAGACAGAAGGUGGAGAAACUCUAACCGUGAAAGAAGAUCAAAUCUUCUCCAUGAACCCUCCCAAGUAUGAUAAAAUUGAGGACAUGGCCAUGAUGACCCACCUCCAUGAGCCCGCUGUGCUGUACAACCUCAAAGAGCGUUAUGCAGCCUGGAUGAUCUACACCUACUCGGGCCUCUUCUGUGUCACUGUCAACCCCUACAAGUGGCUGCCGGUGUACAACCCGGAGGUGGUGUUGGCCUACCGAGGCAAAAAGCGCCAGGAGGCCCCUCCACACAUCUUCUCCAUCUCUGACAACGCCUAUCAGUUCAUGCUGACUGACCGUGAGAAUCAGUCGAUCCUGAUCACCGGAGAAUCCGGAGCAGGGAAGACUGUGAACACGAAACGUGUCAUCCAGUACUUUGCAACAAUUGCAGCUAGCGGAGAUAAGAAGAAGGAGGAGCAGCCAGCAGGCAAAAUGCAGGUGAGCUCCUAAGUGUAGGACCCUGGAACUGCCAGACUGAUUUCUGAGCUGUAGCAUAACAAGAAGAUUUCCAUUUCAGGGGACACUCGAGGAUCAAAUCAUCAGUGCCAACCCUCUGC